UCGGCGCGGAUUCGCGAUCGCGCCCGGGCACCACUAUAAGAAGGGGCGCCCUGGGCGAAUCGCGUCAGACUCUGCUCAGAUCGGCGUUUUUGUGUAUCAUGUCUGGACGCGGGAAACAAGGCGGCAAGGCGCGCGCCAAGGCCAAGACGCGCUCGUCGCGGGCCGGCCUGCAGUUCCCCGUGGGCCGCGUGCACCGGCUGCUCCGCAAGGGCAACUACGCCGAGCGGGUCGGGGCCGGCGCGCCCGUGUACCUGGCGGCCGUGCUGGAGUACCUGACGGCCGAGAUCCUGGAGCUGGCGGGCAACGCGGCCCGCGACAACAAGAAGACGCGCAUCAUCCCGCGCCACCUGCAGCUGGCCAUCCGCAACGACGAGGAGCUCAACAAGCUGCUGGGCAAGGUCACCAUCGCACAGGGCGGCGUCCUGCCCAACAUCCAGGCCGUGCUGCUGCCCAAGAAGACCGAGAGCCACCACAAGGCCAAGGGCAAGUAGAAGAGAACUUACUCGCCGACAACUCCAUUCGGUCUAGUUCUAACCAAAGGCUCUUUUCAGAGCCACCCACCUUUUCACUGAAAGCGCUCGUGGCU